AUGCGAGCAAUAAGCAUUGAGAUCGUGCAUAGUCUAACCACAAACUCAUGCCUAAUGGGCUUAAGACGCCAUAUAUCGCGCCGAGGCAUACCAAAGGAAAUAUAUAGCGAUAACGGGACUAAUUUUCGAGGGACCGAUGCCUUUCUUAGAGACAAACUUCAACUGGAAGAUGCAAAAAUGCACCGAGAAUUGUCGCAGCAGGAAAUAUCGUGGUACUUCAACCCACCGUCAGCUCCUCACAUGGGAGGAGCCUGGGAGCGCUUAGUGCGUUCCGUUAAAACCGUGUUAUACCGUAUAACACCAAAUCAAAAAUUCUCAGAUGAAAUUCUUCUUACCGCAAUGGCAGAGGUGGAAAUGACGGUCAACUCCAGGCCCCUGACAUACGUGUCCCUGGACGACGAAGACCAAGAAGCUCUUACGCCAAAUCACCUGUUGCUUGGCUCAUCAAACGGAGAAAAACCGAUUUGCGAUCCGGAACAAAUCGACUAUAAAUGGUCGCUCCGCCAGAGUGAGAUGUUCGCCAACCUAUUUUGGAAACACUGGGUCAAAGAGAUGCUACCAAACAUAACACGAAUGUCCAAGUGGCAUAAAAAAGUAAAGCCAAUUGGUGUAGGCGAUAUUGUACUUAUAGUGGACGAAAAUCAGCGUCGUAAUACCUGGACAAAGGGUCGAGUGGUCGAAGUGACCACCGCAGAAGAUGGUCAAGUCCGGCAGGCGAAGGUACAGACACAACUAGGUGUCCUCUCCAGACCAGCAGUAAAGUUAGCAGUCCUCGAUGUCGGGAAAAAUGAAGCAAGCUCCAGUGGCUCGCUUGCUGGGAGGGGAAUGUUGCCGAAAUUCGGGCCUGCGAAUAAACUUCGUACCACUGUAACACAAAACGGAACUCUGUCCGAACAAACAGAAUGA